GGACCAGGGGGCUGCCCAUCAAACUCUCCUCUGCCCCAUUCACACAUUGCAUCUUGCACACAGAGAGCGAGAGAGAGAGAGAGAGAGAGAGAGCGCCUCUCAUUCCCAAACGAGAGCUCUGAGUUCAUUCAUGAAGGCUGCACGAAGAACAGGAAGGGGAGGAAAGUCUUCAAGGGAAGGGCAGGUGAUUUCAAAUGGUUUUGGAUUGAUGCAGACGGGACUUUAAAUUACAUGUUGCGUGCCGUUCACUCGUGUCCCAGCCAGUGAUUUCAUAAGGGCGUCAUCACAUAGCAGAACUCGAAGCAGGUAAAGUCAGACAUUCUAUUUGUUCUGAAUGUAUUUGAAUGCAUCGCUCCCUAUACAGCCCAGCAGUGAUUCCCGACCAGUGUGCCGUGAGCGCUCUUCAGGUGUGCCGUGGGUUGGAAAUCACUGCAGCGCAGGCAUGCUGAAGCGCACUAAAUACAGCCGCCUGCACAAUGAUUCAAGCAGCUCCCAGGACGACUGGUCUGGCCACUCCGACUCUGGUUUUGCGCACGACGCGUCAUCCACCCCGAGGGACUCGGCACCCGUCGUGCCGUCGCAGAGUCCCCCGCGGGGGUCGAGUGCGGCCCCCGGGGCCGGAAGCGUUGAUGAGCAGUGCGGUGGCACCAAACCCCCCAAGAGACCAAUUAGCUUCCAUCACACGUGCAGCUUCCCAGGCACGCCGAGCUGUUCUUCUUGUGCUCUACACAAAUGCAAGCAGUGCUCUUCAGCGGUCCAUAGAGCGGUCCACCAUCACAUCAAGUAUAUGGGUAGCGUGGAGGUGACCCGUUCCAUGAGAACCCUCGACUUUGACACAAGGAAGCAAGUCACGCGUGGUGUGUGCGUGUGUGUGUGUGUGUGUGUGUGUGUGUGUGUGUGUGUGUGUGUGUCGCGCAGAGAGGCAAUCAACAGAUUGUGCAAGAGGACGGCGGCCAGGAACACAGACAAAGCAACAAGUCUCGAACACAAGCAUGUGUCUUGUGUUCUGGGUCAGAGCAACCUGCAGUUUGCGGGCAGGCGGGUCAUCCUUAGCGUCUCCGCAGACACGCUCGCCCUCCUGGCCGCCUCCUCGCAGAGAAUCACCCAACAUUCCAUCCAGGCAAUUUCGUUCGCCUCAGGGGGAGACCCAGACAUGGAAGACUACAUUGCAUAUGUAGCCAAAGAUCAAGUCAAUCAAAGAGCAUGUCACAUCCUGGAGUGUCUUCAAGGCCGAGCAGCCGAGGUGAUCCGCAGCAUCGGUUGGGCCUUUGAGUCUCGCUUCAAACAGCUUCUCUGUCAUGUGCCGUCACUCAUCUCCGCUGAUCCCAGCUCUGCGGGGAGAAUCUGCAACAAAUGGCUAUCGGAGGAGACUUUAAUGGAGCCAAAAGAUGCCGAUGAGGAUGAUAUUGACGGUAACAGUGAACAUCAUCACGACUACAAUGUGAGUCCGGGGAACACGCCGCCCCUUGGAGAAGACGUUGACCUGUGGGUCACAAGGGCAGAGAAGGAACAGAUUGCCUCCUCUCCAGCUGUUUCACUCUGCGAGAAUUGUUCCAUCAAGCAGGAUCCAGAUGCUCGAACAACAGAGCCAGCGGAGUCUGAGACGAGGAGUAAACGAUGUUCCGCUCCUUGCGGAACAAACAUCGGGAACCCGAUCCAGGAGGAGGGUUGGUUCCACGGCAGGUUAGGAAGAGAGCGGGCCGAGUCGCUUCUCUCGUGUAGCGGAGACUUCCUGGUACGAGAAAGCAGCUCGGCCCGUGGUCAGUACGUGCUCAGCGGGAUGGACGGAACCGCCGUGCGACACCUGCUGCUGGUCGAUCCGCACGGCCAGGUUCGGACCUGUGACCAGGUCUUCCUUAGCGUGGGCCACCUGGUUCGGUUCCACAUGCACCACCGGAUACCCAUCGUGACCGGGAGCAACCGGCUUUGCCUCAAGCAGCCAAUCCUGCAAAGACACUAACGUGUACACGCAGGCAUUCUCUACGUUGGCCUCCGUUUGAGCAUUUAUUCCUCCUUGAUAUGCAGCUGUACUCGUACUCCUUCGUUCCUCCCUAGUAAGGCAAUAGUCGAAAGACUCUGUCUUACUGGUAACGUUUUCUUCCGCUAUAGUACCACUUUUGGCCAGCAAGUAAGCUAAGCUAAGCUAAGCUUCGCUUCCCAUGGUUCCAAAGUAUAUAUUUAGUAUAGUUAUAUUUAACCGUUUGCAAGGAACAACUCAAGAAGUGGCUGCUCUUUUGUUCAUAUUCAUAUCUAAUAUAUAUAUAUAUAUAUAUAUAUAUAUAUAUAUAUAUAUAUAUAUAUAUAUAUAUAGAUAUAUAUACACACACACACACACACACACACACACACACACAUGCAUGAAUUUGGAUUUUACGUAGACACAGUAAUUGCAAUUUGGAACUCCACUGGGUACAAGAUGGCUUUUUCUGUCCACUAUUUCUCACAUCCACUUUGUGCCUGCCUGACUUUCGAAGCACAACGGCCACAGUUGUUUUGUCGGGAGAUUUUCAGUUGCGAGUAUUUGCAAAAAGCGAUAUACAUACAUAAUGAACGGAUACAAUUCGAAGCGUGAAGCUCAAAUAUUAUACUGUAUAGAUUCCAUCCAUUAGAUUCCAUCUAAUUUUUACAUUAAAAAUGUUGAUUGUUUAUGGUUUUAUAGCUUUUUUGUGUAUAAAUUAUAAUAGUUCCCUUUUCACAGUUUCAGCAAAAUACUGUUCACCUUUAUAUUAAUGAAUUAUAUAUAAUGACAAUUAAAGAAUGCAUUUAAAAAAUAUAUCAAUACAUAUUGAUUGUUUAGUUUUUUUUUUAAUACCUGUAUUAUUCAAAUGUAUAGGAACAGCCACAUACCAAACAUAUUCUUUUGAUUAGUCCACAAUGUUCCAAGUUUGAGCUUAAAGAUUUAAAUUGAGUACAUAUUUAAGGGUAAGGGAUUUUGCACCUCUUUAUAAACAUACAUCAUCUAGAUGAGAUCACUGUCAAUGUGAAAGGAUUGUAUUUUUAUUUUUUAUUUUUUAAAUAACCUUGAAAAGUAUUGCCUGUAUUCAAUAUUCAUAAUCUAGUCUUCCAUUAUAGUCCAGAUUUUGUAAAGGCCUUUCUAUUUGUGAUAUUCAUUAAAAUGCUCUUG